UAAAACUCGCAAAGACCCAAGUUCACUCGAAGAAACACCACCAUGGACACCAAAUUCGAAAACGGGCCAGAAUAUCCAAAAUUACUAGAUAACAAUGAUCCUUUAGGACACUAUCGUCAAAGAUUCUACCUAAAAAAGGACUCAAUUUACAUGUGUGGAAAUUCCUUAGGACUAGCAUCUAAAGACGCCGAAGAAACUUUACAACAUGCAAUAGAACAAUGGAAAGAACAUGGAAUCAAAAUCUGGAAUGUGGAGGGGAACAAAUAUUACUUAUACUCCUCUUACUUAGCCCGACUGCUGGCACCUCUAGUAGGAGUGAGAGAAAACGAAAUCGCUGUCUUAGAAUGUACAUCAGCCGUAAUACACCAAGCAAUCAGCACUUUUUACAAACCAACUAAAAAUAAAUAUAAAAUCUUAGUCGAUGAUAUAAAUUUCCCAACUGAUCGAUACGCGGUGGACAGUCAAGUAAGACUUAAAGGGUAUGAACCAAAGGACGCAGUGAAAGUUGUGAAAAGUUUUGAUGGAAAAUAUAUGAAAGAAGACGACAUUAUUGAAGCAAUGACUCCAGAAGUUUGUCUAAUAUUACUCCCUACGGCAUACUACAGAACUGCUCAAAUACUAGACAUGAAGAAAGUGACUAAAGCAGCGAAAGAAAAAGGAAUUCUUAUAGGAUGGGACUUGUGCCAUUCAAUAGGAGUGCUAGACACGGAUUUGGGAUCAUUAGAUGCAGAUUUUGCUGUUUGGUGCAACUAUAAGUACUUGAACGGCGGUCCAGGAGCGGCUGCGGCUCUGUACAUCAAUAGAAAACAUUUCCAGCUGCUCCCGGGGCUAGCUGGCUGGUACGGGAACAAGCCAGAAACACAGUUCCAUUUGAAACAAGAAUUUGAGCACCAGAAAGACGCUAACGGUUGGCAGAUUGGCACUCCUUGCGUAUUCUCCAUGGCAGCGAUGGAAGGCGCUCUAAGAAUGUUCAAUGAAGCCGGCAUGGCGAAUAUUAGGAAGAAAUCCUUACAUAUAACUAAGUAUAUGAUGUAUUUAGUGGAAGAAAAAUUAGCGAAAUUCGGGUUUGUAAUAGGAAAUUUGAAGAAUGACAGUCAAAGAGGAGGUCAUAUCUGCUUGGAGCAUGAUGAGGGGUACAGAAUAAGUGUAGCAUUGAAGUCUCGAGGAGUAAUAGCGGAUUUUAGAGAUCCCAAUGUUAUAAGAUUGACACCAACAGCACUAUAUACAAGUUAUAUGGAGGUAUAUGACGUAGUGAAUAUUCUAGUCGAUAUUAUGGAGACAGAAAGCUAUCUCAAAAUUGGACUGAAAAGGGACUAUGUAGUUUAGAGAGCAAGCUCUAAUUUUUCGAAGUAAGACGCAGCGAACCAAUCACAUUGCGGCGUGAUUGUCGUCGUCACAAUACUAUAUUGUGGUUGGUUCCCUGCGUCUCGUUUCCAAAACUCGACGUUCGAUAUCGAAUAGCAAAGCCGCAAACUUUUGGCUGUUAGGUAACUUCGAAUCAAACGGUACUCCAUUAGACAUUCAUGCAAGGAAGUUUGAAGUCUUUAAAUAGUAAAAUAUGUAAUGUAGUUUGAACAUGGAUUUAGUAAGUACUUUGUCUACUAAUUCCAUUAAUUUGAAUAAUAAAUAUUUCUUCUACAGAGAUGUCAAUAAAUAAUUCUUUUUUA